ACACACUUGUAAAUGAUUGGUGGAGAGGUUUUAGCGCGGCGUACCGUAGCCAAUCAGAGGAUUGUUUUUCUGUCACGUCGGUGCACGGAUAGUAAGCUAACGGAUACUGCAAACAUAAACUAAUAUAAACAACGCGGGUUGUUUCUAAAGACGGUACAGCACGGGAAGGUUUGAUUAUUGGGACCGAGGCUUUCCUGUUGGACUUUUAUUCGUGAACAUGUGGUGGAGCCGUCGCUGCGAGGACACGCGAAUUGGGUAACGUGAGCUAAACAACGUUAGCAUUAGCUUGCUAAUUUCUAACAAGGCCGCGCAGAAAUACAAGAGCUGCUUCCUGUUCGAGCUUCAUUGAGAAUGUAGGUUACGCUACGAUCCGAGUUACAAAAGCACAGCUGUUAUCUAAGGAGCACGUCCAGUUGUGUAAUCGAUUGCAUUUAAGUUUGUUUUAGUUUUGCUUGCAGGCUACCUAGCUUGUUAGCUCUUUGGCUAGCUAGCUAGCAUGAGUGAACUGACGGGCUGCAAACAGUCCGCUGACUCUGCAUCGAGGAAACGGUGUCUGUCACCCGAACACGAUGAAGGCAGCGAGGUCGCCGGCAAGUCCACGAAAGUAAGCGACGCAUCAAAUGAAGCGGGGGUCAUUUCGGAAAGUUGCAAAAACAGUGAAGCUGAGAGUAAAGAAACAGCCGGGAGCGAGGGCCAGUCGAAGGACUGCGAGGGAAAACCAGCUGCCUGUCUGCAGGGUUCAGACAGCACGGAUGGCACCGCUGCACAGCCUGUCAACAACUCCAAACCGGACUCCCACGACGCCAGCAACACAGAUAAGCCACAGUCCUCUGAUGCACAAGGAUCUGCUGACUCUAAGGAGGACACAGAGAAGACACCGGGGACAAAGCAGCGUCCCUCAGCUUCUCUGGACCAGAGCGACUCGGCAGCCAUAGCAGCUGCUGAAGCACUUGCCAGCCUCACAAGAGGAGACGGGGAAGACAGUCGAGAGACUCCUUGCUCAUCUGAAAAGGCGAAACAGGUGAAACAGGGGAGCAAAUUCAAACAACGUGGGGGCCACCAGUCCUCAAGAGCGGGCUCUAAAACGCAAGCAGCUGCUGCAGAUAGCUCCACAUCUGUGCACAGUACUGACCGAGAAGAUGGAGAUGAGAUGCCAGAAGCCGAUGAAGGAGAUGAAUCCAUCUCUGGGUCGUCGUCCACUCCAAGCUCUUCUUUCCCAUCAGACAAUGAGGACAAUGACGAUGGGGAGUGUGCCAUAGUGUCAGUUAAGAUGGCCCCGGAGAUGAGGCAGUCGGUGGCUCUGCUGGCGCAGGUACAGAUGAGACUGGAAGCUCUGGAGAAGAAAAACGCCCGGCUUCACCAACGGCUGGAGCUGAAGAUCAGUCGCCUGCGGCGCCCACAUCUGGAUCAGCGCAGCUCCAUCACAAAAACCAUCCCUGGCUUCUGGGUGACAGCUCUGUUGAACCAUCCUCAUCUCUCGGCUCACAUCGACGAGACGGAUGAAGAUGCUCUUAGUUACAUGACUGAUCUCGAGAUCGAGUCCUUCAAGAAUAAUAAACUGGGCUACAGGAUCCGUUUCCACUUCAGGCGAAACCCGUACUUCCAGAACAACAUCAUCAUGAAGGAGCUGCACCUCGGGAUGGGAGGAUCUCCGAUGUCCUUCUCCAACCCCAUCCUGUGGCACCGCGGACAGAACCUGACGGCCCACAGCGACGGCAGGAAGUCUUCGCGUGGCGUCUACCAGACCUUCUUCAGCUGGUUCAGUGACCACAGCAGCCCGGGACAGGACGAUGUAGCACAGAUCCUGAAGGACGACCUGUACAGAGACCCUCUGAGAUACUACCUCACCCCCCUCUGGGAGCCGAGGGAGAACGGCAGCGGGGGCAGCGGGGGCAGAGCAGCUGACAACAGCAAUGGAGAUGACUGUGUGGUGAUCUCCGACUCGGACGAUGAGCCCGGCGAGGAAGCUGGCGAGGCUGAGCAAGGCCGGCGUAAGGAGGAGGAAGUGGAGGACGAGGAGGAGGAGGAAGAAGAAGAGGAGGAGGAGGAGGAGGAGGAAGAAGAAGAGGAGGAGAGGGGGCCAAGCGCUGAUGAGAGUCCAGAGGAGGGGGAGGAUGGUGGAGAGAUUGUGAUUGACGGUAAGACCACUAUCACAACCACCAGUGGGGGUGACGUCAUCUUAGUUCUCAUACUUUCUACUUCUUAAUUAUGCUUUUUUAUUUUCUUGAACGCUAAAUAAAAAGGUGUCACAUGUGACCUCAGCGAGGACGCUUCUGAAAUGAUGAGCGGCUCUUUUGUCCUGCAGGCUCUGAUGACAGUGAGCAGGAAGAGGAGGGGGCCUGAAGAGGAGGGACGAAGCAGGAGCGUCAUCGAGGGACCAGAGACCAGAAGGACGAUGAAGAUGAAGAGUACCAGAGCAAUGUCAUUUUUAUGCACAGAAUAUCAGUUUUUGGUUGUUUUCUACCUAAACGUACACGGAGCAUUUUAAAUCAGGUUAACUGUAAUAAUAAAGCGGCGGCGGCGCGUUGUCUUUUAUACAGCUGCGGAUUCUGGUUCACCUUUUUUGCAAAAUGUUUUUUUCUAAAGCGGUUCUUCUAUUUAACGAGGAACGCCGCGCAGCCUGCGCCUGUAAGGCCGCGUCUUGUCGGCAUUCAAUCUUUUGCAAAUUCUUCAAACCAAUAAUGCAGAAACCUUCCGUGGCGUUGCUCGGUGGGCGCUUCAAGGCGACGUUCGGGCUGUUUUUUAGAGUUUAAGACGAACUAAAUUGAUAAUAAUGACAGUACGUUUCAGACGAGUACUGAACCAAAAUGAGUUCUCAGGGAUGAUCAAGGGGAAAGAAGCUUACUGACAUUUCCACUCUCUGGCUGGCUGUAAGGAAACGUGUCCUCUACUGUAGUCAAUAGGAACAAAUAUUGUUUUAAUAUGCGACCUGUGUUCCCGUCGAUGUGUCGGCUCUUGUUCCGCACCAACGUCUACCCCCGAUAACCAUCUGUAAAUCAUGUCCGAUGUUUCUAAGCGUGGCGUAACCACGGACUCCCACAUGUUUGUGACCUCCUACAAUAAAUAGCUGAGUUUUGUAUUACUUUUCCCCCUUUUUAGAAUUUAACUUAAAUAUGAAUUUGCUUUCUAAAACAUUGAAGGUUUGUUUUGGUGUAAUGUGUUUUGAGAUUUUGUGUUAUCUUCUUUUUUAAAAAGAUGGUAUUUAUUACAUUGUUUUUCUACACGUCCACAUCUGGGCAUGCCUGUGAGCAUGACGCGGCAGGAGGACGAUCACAUCACUUUCCAGGCUUCUCUCCGUGCACGGUGUCGGUAAAUGUCGGUAAACUCACAGCAACAUUAUGGGAUGCACUGUAACAAACUAGUAUUUGUAUUUGCUUACUUUUCUUAGCAAUGACCUGUAAAUAUUUCAGCAUUGUCUCUUGGAUAACGCGUGUUUAAUCCAUGGAUGCAUCGAGUCAUCUGGAGUUUGUUUCCAUAAACAUGAUCAGAAAGUUAUAUUUUGUGUGCUGUGUUUUCUAGAACACUAGUUUAAAGAUACUCGUUUGUUGCUUUUGGUUCAUUUUGUUUGCUUAAAAGAUAAAUGUCCACCUUUGACUCCGACCUAAUAAAGAGAAGGCGGCUG